AUGAGCCAAAAUUGUCAAAAGAAGUCUCUUCGUACAUUAGCUCUUGCCUCAGUCGCAUUAGCAACAGUUAGUGUACUCUCAUGUAUUAUAAGCAUUCCACUUGUAUACAGUCACGUUCAAUCUGUCCAGUCUUAUAUGCAAAAUGAGGUCGACUUCUGUAAGACUCGUUCGCGUGAAAUGUGGCGUGAAAUGGUCACAGUGCAAUUCACAUUCACAGGAAAGGUUAAUCGACGAGUGCGACGUGAGUCCUAUGAUGCUCAGCCAGUGGACAAUCACGCACAUCCGUCAGCAGCAGGGGGCUCAUGUUGCACAUGUCAGGUUGGCCCGCCCGGUCCGCCAGGCCCUCCUGGUCGAGAUGGCAGGCCUGGUGCCCCAGGAAGACCAGGAAACCCUGGCCCACCAGGAAGGGACGGUUCUCUUCUUCCAGGACCGCCACCGAAACCUCCUUGUCAGAAAUGUCCACCUGGUCCGCCCGGUCCACCAGGACCACCUGGACCGAAGGGUCUACCAGGCCCACAAGGAGACCCAGGCACUCCAGGCCAUGAUGGAAUCCCAGGACUACCAGGACCACCAGGGCCUCCAGGUCCACAAGGACCGCCCGGUAUUCCUGGAGAGAAAGGACCACCAGGUGAGCCAGGAAAGGUGAUCAAUGGUGCACCACCGGGCCCUCCUGGACCACCGGGACCGCCAGGACCACAAGGACCAAUUGGGCCUCCUGGAAAAGACGGGCAAGCCGGAAGACCAGGCCCGCCAGGUCCACCUGGAGAUCCUGGAGAGAAGGGUGCCGAUGGGCUGCCUGGACCACAUGGACCACCUGGCCCUCGCGGACCACCAGGACAGCCUGGUUCCUGCGAUCACUGCCCACCUCCAAGAAGUGGUCCUGGAUACGGGAGACUAUAA